UCUCUAUCUGUGGUUCAAACGAUUGCGCUACUCUGUUUAUCUACUAGCUCUACAAAAAUCAAGAUUUCCACCUGACAGUAUAUAUUUUUCUUUAAUCUAUGACGACAGUUAUUAGUUUUGUCUAUGGUUACUAGCGUAAGUUAUUAGGUUAUUGAUUUGUUCUCAAAUGUAAAACAUGAAAAUAUAAGUAACAAACCUACGGAAUUAACAUUAGUAGAAAUUAAAUAAUAUUGCUUUCUAACGAAAUUUUAUUUGAAUCUUAUGGUCUUUAUUAAAUUUACUUUUCGCAAAUGGCUUCUACAAGUCAAACGGAAUUGUUAACUACUAACAUAAAAAAAGAGGAAGAUUCACUUACCACAAAAUUUUUCGAUUCAUGUCAAAAUGAAGACAUGGCUUUUGCCGAAAUGGAUCCCGAUUAUGUGUUGGUAAAACAAGAAGAGGAUGAUUCAACCUCAAGUAAUUUAGAUGAAAAUUUUGUAUCUGGUAUGAAUAUGCUGUAUGCUUAUUCAGAUAACGCCAUUAUAGAGAAGCCUUUUGAAUGUAAUAUUUGCCAACGUAAUUUCAGAAGAAGGGCUGAUCGAGAUAAACAUAUUGUUGUACAUUCUAAAACUAAAGCCAUUCAUAUAUGUAAUGUUUGCGGGAAAAUUCUAAGACGUAUUUCUACACUAAAAGAUCAUAUGAAGACUCAUUCAUCAGAUCUUUUCGAGUGCCAAGAAUGUAAAGAAAAAUUUCAUCAAAAUGUACAGUUAAGAAGACAUAUGAAAAUACACAUUCAAAAGCCUGUUUCAUAUGAAUGCUACAUAUGUAAUCGAGUCUACAAACAAAAAGAUAGUUUACGUCAUCAUAUGAAACUACAUAACAGUAAUAAAAUUUUUCAGUGUAACAUUUGUAAUAAAAGUUUUCAACGUAAAUCGGAUGUUAAAGUACAUCAAAAUAUUCAUACUGCUGAUCGGCCCUUUAUGUGUAAUAUCUGUGGAAAAUGUUUUAAACAUAAAAGAAAUUUAAAAGAGCAUAUUAAGCUUCAUAAUAGUCAGCCAACACAUAGAUGUACAUUUUGUACCAAAGCAUUUGUGAGGAAAAGAGAAUUAAUUACACAUUUGAAGGUACAUGUAAUGGAGAGACCAAGACCAUAUUCAUGUGAUAUUUGUCAAAAAUCUUUCAUGCAUAAACAAACAUACAUGGGUCAUAAAAAGGUUCAUACAGGAGAAAGACCAUUUAAAUGUAAUGUAUGUGACAAAUCAUUUAUUCACAAAAAGAACUUAAAAUAUCAUCGAAACCUUCAUACUGGUGAGUGGAAACACAAAUGUAGUAUUUGUAAAAUCAGUUUUACAUCAAGGGCAGAUUUAAAUGCACAUAUUAAAACACAUACAGGACCAGGUGAAACUUACAAGUGUAGAUACUGUGAAAAAAUUUUUAUUUAUGAGCGCAAUUUACAGAAUCAUGUAACUAUCCAUACUAAUGAAAACACUUAAAAGUAGAAAUUUUACAUUAUUAAAGUUUUGUAAAUUCCAUAGGUGACUAUAAGAAUGAAAUAAUCAUAAAUCAAAUAUAUUGCAUCUUUAGUCCAUAGUUAUAUAAAUUGUAUUGGGGUGGUAUUUUGAAAAAAAUAUUUUCCAAUUGGCUUCAAAUUUUUACUGCACACUCCUUUGCAUACUAUGUAGAUGAUGAUACGUAUUAAGUCUUUUGACGAUUCAAAUCGGUAAGUUAAAAAAAAAUAUUUUCUAGUUUCUUUGGAAGCUUAAUAUAGGAACAUUUUAAAACCCUUAUAUUGGCUUGAAAUAUGCUGUUCCUUAUCAUAGAAUUAAAUGUUUGAUGGGAGGAAACUCUUUUAUAUGUAUAUAAAUUAAUAAA